CUUCAAAAAAGGUCCUCCUCCCAGAAAAACGCAGUCAUGAAGUGGUUCAUCCUAAUCUGUUUGAUAAUUGGCUCCACGGAAUCAAGAAAUAUAUUAAAGAGAGAUACUGAGCCAAGCCACAGGCACAUUGCGGAUAUUUACAAUGCCUUAGGAGAAAAGUACUUUGACGCAAUAGUUCUUGUCAUGCUGUCACAGAAUCUCCAGAAAUGUCCACUGGAAGAGCAUAAUAAACUUGUGACAAAAAUUACUGACUUUGCCAAGCACUGUGUUCAGGAGCCUAAAGAUGAGGAAUGCCUUAAACCACUGGCAACUCUUUUCUUUGAUGCAAUUUGCGCAGUUCCUGAUCUAAAUACUCAUUAUGACUGGAGCAAUGAAUGUUGUGGUAAGGAAGGUGAAGAGAGAAGCAAGUGCUUCAGGGAACACAGGAAUAUUGUCCAUGAGCCAUACAAGAGACCAACAUCAGAAGAACUUUGCGUUGAGUUCAAGAAGGACCCAAAGCACACUUUGGAACAUUACAUUCAUGAAGCUUCUAGGAGAUAUCCAAACCUCUAUUCUCCAGCAAUCAUAGGACUUACUGAACAGUAUAAAACAAUUCUAUCUGACUGUUGUGAAGCAGAAGAGAAGGACAAAUGCUUUACAGAGAGGAUGACAGAACAUAAGAAAGUGAAACAUAUGAUUGAAGCUCAACAGAGACACAUUUGCCACGUUCUUGAUCACUUUCCAGUCAGAGUACUGAAAGCUAUGAAACUUGCUCAGAUCAGCCAAAAGUAUCCACGUGCCUCACUUGAGGUUGUGCAUAAGCUUGUUGAAGAAGUUACACAUUUACAUCAGGACUGCUGUCAUGGUGACAUGUUAGAGUGCAUGGUCGAAAGGAUGGAACUUACUCAGCAUACAUGUGAACAUCAUGCAGAUAUAUCUUCAAAACUAGAGACCUGCUGUCAGAAACCUAUAGUUGAACGAACAACUUGCAUAGUCAACCAGGAAAAUGAUGACCUACCUGAAGGCCUUCCUCCACACGUGACAAAAUUCAUAGAGGAUCCUAAAGUUUGUGAACACUUUGCUAAAGAAAAAGAUGGCUUCCUUUCCAGCUUCCUCUAUGAAUAUGCAAGAAGGCACCCUGAAUUCUCCGUCGAACUGCUCUUGGCAAUUGCUCAUGGAUACGAAAAUUUGCUUGAGAAAUGCUGCAAAGAGGAUAAUCCCCCUGAAUGCUACAAGGAUGCGGCAACACUAUUGUCAAAUGCCAUUAAAAGCAACACCGACUUAUUGCAUCAGAACUGUGGCGCCCAGGAAAAACUUGGAGACUACUUUUUUCAAGUAGAAUUGCUGGGGCGCUAUACCAGGAAAAUGCCCAAUGUGACAACCAGCGGAUUGAUUGAACUCACAAAACAAAUGGUAGAAGUUGGUAAAAAGUGUUGUGCACUUGACGAGAAGAAGAAAAUGCCAUGUGCUGAUGGAGGGUUGAGCAUUCUCAUUGGACAAAUGUGCGAGAAACAAGAGCACACAUUUAUCAAUAACAAUGUUCGACAUUGCUGUAGUGAUUUAUAUUCAGGAAGAAGAGCAUGCUUUACAGGUCUUGGUGUUGAGCCAUCAUAUGUGCCUCCACCAAUAACGGACGAUGCCUUCCACUUUGAUGCAGCCUUGUGCACAGCCACUCCACACGACUUUGAAAUAAAGAAAUUGGGAUUAUUCAUUCAACUCUUGAAACUGAAGCCACAUUUGGAAUCUGAAAAAAUCAAAGAAGUUGUUGCUGAAUUCACAAAGAUGUUAGGGAAGUGCUGUGCUGAAGCAGACCACCAGGCAUGCUUCACUGCGGAGAAACCAAAGUUGAUGGAACAUUGUAAGCAACUGAUUGAACAUUAAACAGAACCAGCCUGUGAGCAGAUCGCUAAAGAAGAUUUGUCUGCUUAAUCAAAAAGCAGAUAUAAUGAAAAUAAGCUCAUGGCACUUAUCUUUGUUCUACAAUAAAUCAAGCUUUCAAAAAUGGA